UCCCGGCUGAACUAGCAAGCAGAGGCUGGGGGUAAUGGGCAAUUCAGAGGCUCCCAAAACUGAACCCAUCUAAGGAUGAUGAGGACGGAGCCGUUCUCUCAGCUUCUUAUCGCUGUGGCUCGACAACACCUACGAAUGAGAAAGAAGAAAUGUUUGUCUCCCUCGGCCUCCUUGAACUUGGCGGGGGAGAUUUUUGCCGUAGCCGCAGGAUUGAAGCCCGCUUUUCUGUAUGAUUACACUCCUGCUGGGAUUUCUCAGAUUGUGAGUUACAUUCAGGAACUUCAGAACAUCAGUCAGCUUGAAGGCCGGCUGCACAUUCUCAGCAUUGCUGAAAAUGUCUUCCUCAUCAAUUUGGAAACGAUGCAACUGUGGCUGGAAAUGGUCCUGCAGAAGAACACUGUGUUUUUCGUUGAUGUGGCUGCUUCCAGGACGUGCCCCGGCUUUUGCGAACCCGAAGAUGCGGAUUUCAUAAAAGGCCACCUUGUUGAGAUACUGAGUCAUGUUAAAGCUCAGGCAACAGACACAUCUCAGAUCCUUUCAUCCAGCCCUGUCAUCUCCACUGAAUGUAAUCUGUGUACUCUUUUUGGUGUUUUGCUGGGCUUUCCAGCAGCCUAUAGUUUUCCUGCCCAGAAGAGCUUUGAGAACUGCUUGUCUCUAGUCCCAUUGAGGGUCUUUACAAUCCAAGCCACAUUCUGUAAGAUAAGCAGUGACUUCAGAGUCCGGUUUUAUUCUUUCAGUGUCCCAGAAAGCUUGUAUCCUGUCAUGAAAACAGAUCUCAGUAUGUGGUGUGAAAAUCUCCAGAAUGCUUUCAAAACUCAAAAAUAUUUUGCAGACCUCAGCAUUUCAACAGAGAUUGUGACUCAAGUGGCAGUAACUUUAUAAAUAUAGGCCACGAUACAGAGACACACGCCAGUUUUAUUCACAACCUCCCAUUAAGUAAAAGGUUGGGGUGCUUUGAUUGUGUGUUUCUGCGUGGCAGGGUUUGGACUAGAUGGCCCUUCCAACUCUAGGAUUCUGUGAUUAAUAAUGUAAUACCACCACUACCUUUGGGAAGAGUGGUUUCAAGCACCUGGAAUAACAUGUUUGCAUUAACCCUCUCCCUCAGAGACCUUGGAGGGACAUAUCUGUUCCUAAUAAAAUAAAAGUGAUA